AUUCUCUUCAUUCACAACAACCUUCACCUUUUCUUCUUCUAUUACAUAAUCACAAUAAGAUGUCAAAAAUAAACCGUCAUAACGUUGGGGUUCUUAAAAUUAUUGUUGCUAUUUUGGGCAUGGAUUUUUGAUGAUGAUAAAAUAUAAAUGUAAAUUUCGCUUCUCUUCUUCUGUAUAUAUACAGGUACUAAGGAUUGUCUUGACAUAGAGUUAGCAAGUUCAGUGUGUAGCUCAAGUCAUGAAGUUGGUAAUCGCUUCUGUGUUUCUCAUAGCCGCUGCUUCAGCUGCUGUUGUUCCAGUUGAACAUAACCAACAUGCAGAACCAAACUCACAACCAUCAUCAUUAGUUGGUAAACGAUCAGCAGGUUUCGGCGAACAUCUUGACAGACCAAAUCAACCAAACUCACAACAAUCAGCAGGUUUCGGUCAACAUCUUGACAGACCAAAUCAACCAAACUCACAACAAUCAGCAGGUUUCGGUCAACAUCUUGACAGACCAAAUCAACCAAAUCAACAACCCCAACACCCCGCUCAUUUUGGACAACAUAACCAACAUGCAGAACCAAACUCACAACCGUCAUCAUUAGUUGGUCAACGAUCAGCAGGUUUCGGCCAACAUCUUGACAGACCAGUCACUCACAAAACAAGCAAUGAGUACAAUAAUUAUGAAAAACAUUCUACCAACUACCACAAUGGUCAGGAAUCGAGAAUUUUACACUAUGAAUCAGAACAAGAUCCCGAACAAGGUUACAAAUUUGGAUACCACACAAGUCACGGUAACGAAGAAGUUCAAAGAAGCGAAGAAGCACAAAUAAGAAGAAUUGACGAGGAACAUGCAUCAGUUGCAGUACAAGGUGUUGUUGAAUAUGUUAACCAUGAAGGCAAACGUGUAAGAUGGACCUACACUGCUGACGAAAAUGGAUACCACCCAUCUGAAAUUACAGUUACAUAAAUAAUUUUAUGAUUGUGAUGAAAAAAGUACAAAAAUAUAAAAAUAAAACUUUUAAUAAAUUCUA